AUGACGAAGAUUGCUUCUACCUGGUUAGAAGGGGUGCAGAAACAGAGACUUAGGGAGGAAAGGGGUAGGAUUAACACCUGGGAAAAACUUAAGAAGUACAUGAGAAGGAAGUAUGUACCCUCCACCUACAGACAACAACUAUAUGUCCAGUUUAACACUUUGACACAAAGAAGUAAAUCAGUGAAGGAGUACAUUCAGGAGUGGGAAAGACUCGUUGUGUUGUGUGAUGCCAAUGACGAUGAGGAAUUAAGUGUGGGAAAGUUCAUAGCAUGGCUGAGGGAAGAUAUUAGGGGGCAACUGAUUUACACACUCAAUCUCACAGUACACGCAGCAGGUAACUUAGCCAUUGAGAAUGAGAGAUAUGCUGGUAGAGUAGCUACCUCCUACAGCAGGACCAAUAAGACCUUUACCCCAAGGAAUCCCAGUAUCACAGCUGCACCUAAGAAGGAUACACAGGUUAGUACUCAGAAGACCAGCACUGUGAGGGUAGUGACACCUUCAAAGGAUAUAGUGUGUUUUAAAUGCAAUGGAAGGGGACACUAUAAGAAAGACUGCCCUAAUGCUAGAGCUUUCACCAUGAGAGAAUGGGAAGAGAUUAGGCAGGACACUCGACCUAAGAAGAUCCUAGUUUCAAGGAGUGGUCAGGAAGAAGAGAUCUACCCACCCAGUCUUAGUGAUGAAGAUGACACUUACAUAGAGAGGGAGCAGAGGUUUGAGGGAGACAGUGAAGAAGAGGAAGAGGAAGAAUUGGAGCAGGGGAAGGUGUGUGAUUUGAUCAUCGAUGGUGGGAGUGAAUCCAACUGUGUGAGCAAACAGUUAGUCAGUGAGCUGAGCUUGGAAACCAGACCUCACCCUCACCCUUAUAAGAUAAAGUGGCUGGACAACAAGGCUAGUGGGUCUGUUAACAGGCAGUGCUUAAUUAGCUUGACCUUAGGAACAUAUACUAAUGAUGUGUUGUGUGAUGUGCUUGAGAUAGAUGCAUGUCACUUAUUACUAGGGAGGCCAUGGCAGUAUGACAGGAGGACCAAACAUGAUGGCUACACCAAUACCUACACCCUUAGGCACAAUGGGAAGAAGAAGGAGUUAGUGCCCUUACCCCCACACAAAGCCAUCCCACCUAAGGCACCUAAACCACCCAUACACUUGAUCAACAGGAGGGAGUGUGACAGAGAGAUUAAGGGGAAGGAAGAGCUGUAUCUGUUGUUUACCAAGGAGGUCAGUAGCCCUACACCUAUACUACCUGAACUGAGGGACCUCAUAGAGCAGUAUAGGGAUGUUUUCCCUGAAGACUUACCACUUGGAUUACCAACUUUGAGAGGGAUUGAGCAUCAAAUAGAUCUAGUGCCAGGAGCUAGCCUACCCAACAAGCCAGCCUACAAAACCAACCCCAUGGAAACUAAGGAGCUGCAAAGACAAGUGGAAGAGCUUAUGCAGAUGGGUUAUGUGAGGGAGAGCUUAAGUCCUUGUGCUGUGCCUACUUUACUUGAUGAGUUGGCUGGUUCACAGUGGUUUAGCAAGGUAGAUUUAAGGAGUGGAUACUACCAAACCAGAAUGAAGGAGGGGGAUGAGUGGAAAACAACUUUUAAGAUUAAGUAUGGCCUUUAUAAGUGGCUUGUGAUGCCAUUUGGUUUGACAGGAGCCCCUAGCACCUUCAUGAGACUCAUAAAUGAAGUCUUAAGACCAUUCUUAGGUAAGUUUGUAGUUGUUUAUCUUGAUGACAUUCUUAUAUACAGUAGGGAGCUAGCAGAACACUUGGAUAGAGCAGAGGUUGUAUGGAAAAUUGGAGAACUGUAG